UGGAUGGGGAAGGCAGAAGCCUUUUCGCGAUCUGCUUUUGGGGUGUUGUGGGUCUCUGGUUUUUGCCAAGAUAUCCAGUGGUGGGUCAUCAUCGAUCAUCCUCAUUUGAUGGUUUAUUGGAAUUUAGAUACAAGGCGUACUUAUCCCAAUUCUUUAAUUUCACACACUCUUCGGUCAUUUUGAUGAGCUCCUAAUUUUCAGUUCUGGAAAAAAAAUAUCCCAAGUGAAACUUGGGGAUUGAGAGGUAGCCAUCAGAUGAGUUGUUCAAAGCCAAUAAUCUUGUGUGGAAAGCAUGUGUAGGUGUGACCACUGACCACUGUGUGUUUGGUGUCCAAAAUGCCCUUUAUCUUGGGUGAGUGGUGUACCUUGAAAACAGAAAAUGUUCGAUAUGAAGUGAGUGGAAAAGAAGGAUAGAUAGCUAGUCGCGGAGAUGGACCGGAGGAGUUGGCUGUGGCGGAGGAAAUCGUCUGACAAGAGUCCCAGUGGUGAAACCGAAAGCUCUGGUUCGAUUUCAUCGCAUUCCGAGAGAUUCUCUGAUGAUCAGGCAAUUCCAAAUCACAGUAUUCAAUCACCGGAAGUCACAUCUAAAGCAUCCAAUUAUGAAGAACUUAAUGACAGUGUCAGUGUGAAGGCAUUAUCAGCUAAACUGUCAGAAGCUCUGCUUAAUAUUCGUGCUAAAGAAGACUUGGUAAAGCAGCAUUCAAAAGUUGCAGAGGAAGCUGUCACAGGUUGGGAAAAGGCUGAAGCUGAGGUAUUAGCCCUGAAGAAACAAGUUGAUGCUACUGCCCAAAAGAACUUGGUCCUUGAAGAACGCACCGUUCACCUUGAUGGAGCACUUAAAGAGUGUUUGAGACAACUUCGACUGGCAAGGGAAGAUCAGGAACAAAAGAUUCUUGAAACUAUAUCCAAGACAAGUUCUCAGUGGGAGUCUUCAAAGUCUGAACUUGAGAAACAGCUUGCUGAGCUCCGGUCUGAACUUGAAAGUGCUAAAGUUGAAGCACUCAUGAUCCCAGAUCUUCGUGCGCAGCUUGAAUCUAUGAAGGAAGAGAACUCAGUGUUGAAGCUUGAGCUCUUUUCUCAAGCGGAAGAGCUCACACUGAGGACCUCUGAGAGAGAUUUGAGCACACUUGCUGCUGAAACAGCUAGUAAGCAACAUCUGGAGAGUAUAAGAAAGGUGGCCAGGCUUGAAGGAGAGUGUCGCAGACUCAAGGCUCUCGCUCACAAAGCAGCUUCAGCUAAUGAUCAAAAGUCUGUUGCUGCAUCAUCAGCUUAUGUUGAAUCUUUUACAGAUAGCCAAUCAGAUAGUGGAGAGAGAUUGUCUGGAAUUGAAAACGAUAGUCGCAAAAUGAAUACUUUGGAGCAGAAUGAGUAUGGAUCUAGUCGGUCUGACCUAUGGGCUUCCGCUUUGAUAUCAGAACUGGACCAAUUUGCGUUUGAAAAGCCACUAAAAAGAAACAUUAUGAAACCUUCAUCAGACAUGAAUCUCAUGGAUGAUUUUCUUGAGAUGGAGAGGCUUGCAGCAUUGCCCGAGUCAGACAGUGAAAGCCCCCUUGAAAGAGGAGCUUGUUCUGGGGAACUUUCUUUAAAAGUUGAACUUGAAGCCAUGAUUAAUCGGACAGCUGAACUGGAGGAGAAGUUGGAGAAUAUGGAGUCUGAGAAAAUGAAGUUGGAGAUGGCAUUAACCCAGUGCCAAUUCCAGCUUAAAAUGUCCAAAGGUCAAUUAAAAGAAACAGAGGUGAAGUUGAUUGAGCUGAAAUCUGAGUUAGCUUUGGAAAUUGAAGCUAGGACUGCAGCUGAGGUAGAAUUUCAGACUACCUCUGCAAAGCUUAAGAAAUUAAUAGAGCGUUUAGAGAAAACAGAAAUGAAUGUGGCAGAGCUUCAAACUAAGUUAGAUAUGGCACAUGAAGCAAGGAAAACAGUUGAGGCAGAACUUAAGAAUACCAACCUUAAGCUUCAAUCUAAGUUAGAUAUGACACACGAAGCAAGGAAAACAAUUGAGGCAGAACUUAAGGAUACCAAUCUUAAGCUUCAAUCUAAGUUAGAUAUGGCACACGAAGCAAGGAAAACACUUUUGGCAGAACUCAAGGAUACCAAUCUUAAACUUCAGAAAACAGAAGUGUGGUUAGAGGAAGCACAGGUCAGUUUGGCAGACCUUGAUGCUCAGUUCUCAACUGAAAGAGAAGAACGGAUAGCUGCUCAGCAAGAGCUUGAGGUUUCCAAUUCAGAGCUUAAGAAAUCAAUAGAGCGCUUAGAACAAGCAGAGGCCAACUUGUUAGAGCUUCAGACUCAGUUGGAAAGGGCAAAUGAAAUAAGGUGCACCAUUGAGUCUGAACUAGAGGAUAGCAAUGCUAAGAGAGAGGAAACAGAGUCUCAACUCAAAGCUGCAGAAUUUCAACUGCAAGCUUUGCAUUCAAGAGUUUAUUCACUUGAAGAAGAGGUGAAAAAAGAACAGGCUUUUUCACAUGAAUCUAUUCUAAAGUUGAGGAAAUUAGAAAGUUUAAAUUUAAGACUAACAUCCCAAUGCCAGCUUCAGAAAGCAACAACCAUUGGAGAAUUUCAAUUCAAUAAGGACAAAGAACUGGCAGUGGCUGCUAGUAAAUUUGAGGAGUGCAAAAAGACAAUCGCUUCAAUUGGUAGGCAGUUGAAAACCCUUUCUACCUUAGAUGAUUUCCUGAUCGACUCCUAGAGACCACGAGAUCUCUGUUAAGACAUAUGUGAGCAGCAGCUAUUAGGAACUCACUGUUUACCUAAACGAGAAGUUGCAAUUGUUCAAGACCAACUGAAUUCAAGUAAGAGCAGCAUAUCCCAUGGACAUCAGCAACCAUAAGGAACAAGGAACAUGAGGAUUCAAAAUUUCCAAGGUACAAUAUUUAUGUUUCAGUUAAGCAGUUCAUUUGUACAUGAAAUCUUGGGUAGAUUAUUUUUCCAUCGUCGUUGACGUAUAAAGGAGAACAGAUAAAUUUACAUGUAAGAUGCAAGUUAUAUAGUAUACUGCCAUUUCUUUAAGGAAAAUUUUGUGGUUCAAGUGAUAGUUUUGCUGGGUGAUGUGUUAUUGUGGGAAUGUGGUCCGAGCAAAACAGCUGCAAAUGUAUACUCAGAAACUAAGGCAAUUGGGAUUAUACA